AUGGAUGUCAAAUCAGGAUACGACAUUUUGCGUCCCGACUACCUUGGGCACACACAGUCACAGUCACAGUCACAGUCACCUCCACUCACGAGGCCACCAAACAGGCGAGACCCAGGAACAAGCAUCAGGUCAGAUCAUGCCAGCCUGUCCGAUCCUACCGCUCCAGGUCCAAGGUACGGUACAAGUACACAGACAGGUACAGUAAGAUGCAGUGCCUGGAUACCGCUUUUCCAUACAUACAGCCUAAUGCUAGGUGCGUUAAGGAUCUGUACGACAUUUUCAACCUCACCUGCUGUAAGCUACAACAUGCGCUCCAGGAUACACCCAAAUCCAUGUCAACAUGCAUCCCAUGACUCAAGAUACUUUUUCCCUCCAUCACCACUACCACCUCCACAUUCAACAACCAUCCGUCUCUCCCGCAUCAGGAAUAAAGUGAGCAAUACUGUACGCCAUCCUCAAAACGCAACCAAUCCGGCCCUCAACAACCCCUCCAUCGCCCAACCCCGCCACCAGCCUGCACUCACACAAAGCAAAAAGCAAAGACGGCGCCACGCGCGCUAA